UUCCGCGGAUGAAGCAGGGAAAGGCGCUCAGCAGAAUGGUAUAUCCUUCGACUUUCACGCGAUGCGGCGGUGCGACGGUUUGCGGGAUUUGGGAAAUUUGCAGGAUUUCGAGUUGAAGGAGUGUCUUUUGAAAUGCGAGUCGAACCCGGUUUGCAAAUCCGUCACGUGGUCUGCCACGAACAAGCGUUGUUUUUUGUCUUCCGUGUGCGAAAACGCGAUCGCGGUCACGGACUUUCGCUAUUUGCUGUUUGAACGCAGGGAAAAUGCCGUUGCUACUGACGCACUGAUUGCCGGUCACGGCAGUUCACCCUUACAAAAGAGCAAGCGCCUGUUGAGUAGCAACAACCUGAUUGCCGAGUGGACUCCGCGCAUCGGGCACGGGAUGGCCGUUUUCAAGGACGAAGUAGUCGUGCUUGGGGGGCACGGCGUGAACGAACUUGGAGUGAAGGGGGUACUGAAAGAGCAGGAGAAAACAGAGGGUGCUGCUGGCGAGGUCGACGUUGAUGUCAAGAAGGAGAAAGCAAAGACAUCAGGAGCGAAGGAGAAAUCGCCUGCAAAAGAAGCAAAAGAAACGACUACGACGACAAGAAGUACUACCGCAGUCACAGGCGGAGAGACGAAGGAAAAGGACAAUUCACCAGCAGCACUGGAAAUUAACGAAGAUGCCAGCAGCAACGCUACUGCAGCAAAUGCUUCAACUACAAACUCGACGAACGCAACUGAGACCGACACUCUUGCUGCAAAUGUACAGACCAUGUCGACAAACACUACAUCCACGAAUGCGACGACUGAUCCUCUCGGGAGCAAAAUGAAGAAGGAUAAUAUCACUGUGACCAGACAGCACUUGGCCGCAGACUUGGAGCACGGUUUGACGCGGAAAAACCUGGUGUACAGCUACCGGAGUCGGAACGUCGAUUUGAGUGAGAAAUACAUCCCGAUCCGCGACUUGCCCUACGGGCGCCUGUCGGAUGUGUGGGUUUUAUCAUCUUCUGCAGUGCAGCAGCCCGAUGCAGAGGUCGAGAGUCUCGCUUGGAAUGAAUUUGCUUCCUCUUCGAAGACGAACGUUACGCAUGUGCCAGCGUCACGGAACGAAACUGAUGAAACUGUAGCGGUUCCUCAAUUCUCGGAAACAACGAGAAAGUUUCUGAAGUUGCUACGCGCAGACGUGAAUGGCUUUUUGCGGGCGCGGAAUGACACUUUGCUACCGCUGACCGAGGAGGAGAAACAAGAGGAGCUGCUAAAGCAGGCGAAUGCAACGGCAAGCAAUUCUUCUGCAAACAGCACAGAAACUGCACCUGCAGCGAAUAGUACUAUGAAGAAUGCCUCCGCGAUGUCGAAUGAUACUGCAACUUCAUCUGGAGAACAAAAUAUCACCGGCUCGCUUGAUAAUUCCACUGCUAAUAACGAUGCGAACACGACGAAUCUGACGUUGUCCACAAAUCUUUCGGCACAGGAGGAGCAGAAAAACCUGAUGACGCCGCAGAAAAGCGCCACUGUCGUUGAUGAGGAAGCCGAAUUUCUUGGUUCGCCUCCGGAAAACAAUCAACCAUCUUUGGAAAAAGCGCCAAAUUAUGUGAAGAUCGUGCAUCGUCGAUCUAAUGCUACAGGGAGGGUCGUGUUGCAUGCCGUCGGACAAAGUCCUGAAAGCGAACCGGGAUUCAAUACGAGCGCUGUGGAAGUAGCCAACACCACGAAUGAAACCGCGACUGUACCUCCAAACACCUCUGCUGUGGCGUCGGAUGCAGAGUCGAAAACUGGUGUAGUUCAAGCGGGGCAUCAGGGAAAAGACGGCAAAGAUACGAAAGCUGAGUCGAAAAAAGACG